CACACACACACACGCACACACUCACUCAUAUACACACUGUGAGCUUAACGUACAAAAAUAUGCUCAAAAAUGCAUGGGCAAACGGAAAGCAGAAUGUACACAUAGCCUCAAUAUAGACAGACAUUUACACUCCAACACACACAGCAUAGCAAGCACACACACAGUUAUUCUUGGGGAGCCCGCGUGCACACACUCACCCUCACAAGCUCUGAAGACAAAGAUUAAACCAACACUGCCCCACUCGUCACAGCCACCGCCGCCAUCAUGCCCGGUGAGGAUAAACCACUGCAACAGACCCGCCAGAGGAAAAAGAACAAAAAAUCCCGCUCCAAGGGGAAGAGCCCGGGUGGGAGUCCAAGUGCCCAUCUGGGGAGCUCUAUAGACGGCCAAGAUGACCUCAUCUUACCCCCAGUGCUCCAGCCUCCUCCUAAAAAGCCGGCGGAGGAGAAGCCAAAAGUGCCUGUGGCCAAAAUGGAGGAGGAGUCAGCCAUUGCUAUCUGUCUUCAGGUGCUUUUUCCCUACCUGCUGGCUGGGAUGGGCAUGGUGCUGGCCGGCAUGGUGCUGGACGAUGUACAGCACUGGGAGGUGUUCAAGGUGAUAACUGAGGUGUUCAUCCUUGUGCCUGCACUGGUUGGACUCAAAGGAAACCUGGAGAUGACCCUGGCUGCUCGCCUCUCCACUGCUGCCAACACAGGCCAAAUGGACGACCCUGAAAGACAAUGGACCAUGGUGUGCAGCAACCUGGCACUGAUACAGGUUCAGGCGACAGUGGUGGGUUUCCUCGCAGCAUUGGCAGCCGUGUGCUUAGGGUCAUUUUCUAGAGGGGGUGUUGAACUGGACCAGGCAGCUGUUCUCUGUGCGAGCAGCAUCACCACUGCCUUUUUAGCUGCUCUCUCCUUAGGCUUGGUGAUGAUUGGAGUGAUCAUCGGCUCCAGGAAGGUGGGGAUCAACCCCGACAACGUGGCCACCCCCAUCGCUGCCAGUCUGGGUGAUUUGAUCACCCUGUCCCUGCUGGCUGGGGUCAGCAGCACACUCUAUGAAUAUAUAGAUAUAUGGUACCUGUCCCCCUUGGUGUGUCUGAUCUUCCUGGCUCUGAUCCCACUGUGGGUGGUGGUGGCCCGACAGAGCCCUCAGAUCAGAGAGGUUCUCCGCUCAGGGUGGCAGCCUGUCAUAGUAGCCAUGUCCAUUAGCAGUUUUGGAGGCCUUAUACUGGACAAGACAGUGAGUGAUCCCAACUUCAAGGGCAUGGCUGUCUUUACACCCGUCAUUAAUGGAGUGGGUGGUAACUUGGUGGCCAUCCAGGCCAGUAGGAUCUCUACCUACCUGCACUUCUGGAGCAUCCCAGGGGUGCUGCCUUACAAGAUGAGGCAGCACUGGCCCAAUCCCUGCAUCACCUUCUUCUCCGCAGGGGUGAACUCCAAGUCAGCACGGGUGCUUCUGCUGCUGGUCAUCCCCGGUCACCUGGUCUUCCUCUACGCCAUCUCUCUGCUGCAGGGAGACGAGGCACCUAUCUCUGUAGCCUUCACCAUCUGCUACCUGUGUGCUGCUCUGCUACAGGUGGCCAUCCUCCUUUACUUUGCUGAUCUCAUUAUCCGUUUGAUGUGGAGACGGAGUCUGGACCCUGACAACUUCUCCAUCCCCUACCUGACCGCCAUGGGAGACCUGCUGGGCACUGGCUUUCUGGCCCUCUGCUUCCGUUGCGUCUCACUGGUUCAUAGCCUGGGUCUCUGAAUGUCUCCCCUCUCACCCCCGAACUCAAAGCCAGCCACUGUCUUGUUGCACCAAGUUUGUUACAUUUACACAGAGAUACUUUUGAUUGGACAGUAAAGCAUUUUCCGAUGGUUAUCACUGGGCCAGUUCAUACAGAGGAACUUGUCUUUGUCAGAAAUUCAAACCUUUACAGUGAUGGAGAGAAGGCACAGGCAACACCCCACCCAUUUACACCAUCUUCUGGGAGAAGGCUUUGCAUCGUAAACAUGUCCGGCCAAUCAGAUUCUUUCAUUUGAGGACAAAAGACGUUAAUAUGUGUUGAAGUUUUAUUUCUCUGUCCAUCACUAUAUUGACCUUUAUUUUGAAAUCAUUCCUCUUUAUCUGUCUUUUAGUUUUAUUGCAUUAACUAAAUAUGAGUUUGGUGCUCACCUCAUCUCUCAGCUCACCUUUUUGGCUUCAUCAGGGGAAAAUGUAGCAACUUCACAUCAUAGCAGCAAGACUGAACAAAUGGUCCAUUUGAAUGUGGAAAGAUCAAACAGACUUACAGCAACCCAUGUUUGAGUGGGCUGUGCUAUGCAUCAAUGCAAGAGAUUGUGGAGGUCGAUGUAUGUAGUACACUAACUGGAAUUUUCAUGGCUGCAUGUCCAACAUAUGUUACAUGGCAUUGAUUUAGAAUGAAUGGGACAGAUUUAGUUGUCAUGCUAAUCAGGUCAUGUACCUGUAACACACAGCGGAAUGUUUCAUCAUUACAUGAAAAGAAUUGAAUCUCCACUAUUAUUCUUAUAAUGUACUUUAUGUACUGUCUUUUCUUAACGUUUUCUGAGGUACAGUAAGAGGCAAACAGACAGAAUGGGAUAAUCGGUACUUUGAUGACCGAAGGCAAAUGGCAUGGCUGGAAACAAUAUGAUUAGGAGGAAGACACUAUCAGCAGCUGUGGUGGGAGUUUGUGUCAGUCAUGAGCAAUGAAUUCACCUCUGUUCUGAGUGUGUCAUGUUGCAGAGGACUGUGCAAAGCGGAUUUACCAGCUUGAACAUUUCCCAUAAGUGGUAACUGUCAUGAGAUGGUAUACUGCACCUGAAAGACUUAUGAAAGAGACAUGUUCGGUAGCUCGGUUAGUUGGAGAACCAUGAACCAAUGUUUCAGCGAAAGCGAACUGACGCAAAGACUUUUUGUUUGUAGAAGGGAGGGUAUCCACCAGCAACUUCUUGACAGCUUUAAAUUAUCUUUGCAUCUCUAAUCCCUUCUGUAAAGGUAUCUACCGGCAGCAUGUCAUUUUUAUGCCUCUCUGCUGGUGAAAGCCGUGGCCUGAGGCACUACUUUUUAGGGUUGUUGGUAUGUCGUCCGUACAUCCAUCCCUCCGUCCCAUUCUUGUGCAUGAACUGAUUAGUUUUUGGUCAAGGUCACUUUGACCUUGUCUGUCUCAUUCUUGCGAACACAAAAUUGUGAAAACACCUCAAAGGAAUUCCCUCACAGUUGGCACAAACAUUCAGUUGGAUUAAAAAUGAACUGAUUAGAUUUUAGAGGUCAAAAGUAAAGGUCACUGUGACCUUAAAUCCAUCUCAUUCUCAUGAAUGCAAUAUUUCAAAAAUACCAGAAUGUCUUUAAAUUUGGCACAAACCUCCAGAAGGAGAUCAAGAUGUAGAAACAGAUUACAAUUUGGCGGUUAAAGGUCAAAGGGUCAAGGUAAAGUGAUGACAUUUUAUAUCCAAGGGGUCAAAGGUCAACUUCACUGGGACAUCAUAAUGUUCUGCAUAAAACAAUUUUCUGGCCAUUACUCAACAACAUAUCUCAGCAGUCAGCACAGUCCAGAGCCCACCUUGAAACUGUGCUAAUUGUACAGAUCUUGUGAGCUGGUGGGGGGAGGAUGUGAGUGAAGCAUCCAUGUUUUCACAGACAUGGAUGUGAACUGUAGGAGAAACUGUGCAGAGGAAUACAAACUGGCUAGGAGAAUAAAAUCCACUAACAGCUUAAAUUAAUUGUUUGACAUUUUGUGACAUACUCGUAUUUGCUCUCUUGCUGAGAGUUAGAUGAGAGGAUCAUUAUCUAUCUCGUGUGUACAUGAAAUAUGAAGCUAUCGCUAGUAGCUGGCUAACGUAGCUUAGCGCAAAAAGUGACAGUGGGAAAAAAGCUAGGCUGGCUCUGUCCAAAGGUAACAAAAGCAGCCUUUUAACAUCUAUAAAGCUUGCAAAUGAAUGUAUUAUUACCUGUUUGUUUAAUCCAUACAAAAACAGAAGUAUUAAAACAGCAAUUUGCCAUUUUACGGGGUCAUGUGCCCAACAGUUUCUUGGUUUGGAAUUUUGUUUUUUUGUAUGAAUUUAAAGAACUAGAUAUGAUGUAUUAAUUAGAAAGCUUUACAGGCGCUUGUCGAUGUAUUUUUCCUAAAUUCUGACAAUGCUAGGCUAAAAGUUACAUCGUUUCCAGUCAUAAUGCUUGGCUAAAUUAGCCAGCUGCUGGCUGUAGCUUCACACUUACCGUAAAAAUCGGUAAAUUGGCAUCAAUCCUCUCAUCCAACUGCCAUCAGUAGAGCAAAAAGCGCAUUUUGCCAAAAUAUCAACCUUGUCUUUUGAGGUCUGGAACAGGAUCUGCUCAUGUGCAAAUCAUUCAGUAAAGCCACAACUCCAAUUCCUGUUACCAUUGACAGCUCUUUCUACCUCUGCACUUCUUCCACUUUGAAGUCUCAUGGGAAAAUCACCAAAAUACCAAACAUGUGAAUAAGGACGUAUUUGUGCCCCGCGGAAAUGCCACAAUUCUGACUUAAAUCCCCAUGAUGCAUCGUUAAAGCUGUCUCCAGUAUGUCUAAUGUGGUUGAUGUACUGCUUUUUGUUGCACAUACAGUAGGUAUAUACAGUGUAAUAAACAUGGUACUUGCAAACUGUACUACCCUACAAUGGCAGAGCACUGUAACUAUGGAGGCAGUGAAGUUUAAGGGGACCUAUUAUGCUUUUCCUUACUUUCUGUCAUAUAUAUAACAUUACAAUGUUGAAUGUUCAAAUUAAACAUGGCCAAAGUUUUAAUUAAUGAGGUAAGCCUAUGUAACAGUAAUCCUUGAUAGCAAAACCUCAGGCUUCAUACCUUUCUGAACAGUUUCCAACAUUUUGUCCCCUUUGGAGACAAACUGACAUCAUCUCAUCUCACAGAUUUCUUUAUAUGGUCAUCUGUGCUAGGCAUGCUACUUUAAGUGUUUACAUCACGUAGCCUACACUGCUACAUGUAGCAACAUGCUAACAUCAGGGAAACAUGAAAUCUUGAUUGUCAAUAUUGUUGAUUUCUCCCCAAUUUUGGAUCGUAUUCCUGCUGGAACAUAUCCAGGUGUCAAGAUUUUGGUCAAAAAGCCAUUAUUGGUUAUUCUUUACAGCAGGCAGUGCCGCUAUACUCCAUUACAGUCAUCAUCCAACUGCAAGUACACUGCUACAUGUGGCUAGAUGCUAAUGUCAGGUUGCCAGUGUUGUUCAUUAUUUCUCCCAGAGUUUGGAUUGUAUAUUUGCUGGAACAUGUCUUGUCAUGAAGAUUUUGGUUUUUGGAAGCUUUUAUUGUUUUUUUUUGUUUGUUUGUUUUUUAAAUAGAAGAAAGGGCUGUUGUUCUCCAUUACAGUCAUUCCCCUUUCUGCAAUGAUGGUGCAGAGACACUUAAAUAAGGAAGACCCGGAAAUGCUGACCAAUCAGAGUAGACUUGGCUUUUUGGGCUUAAAGAGACAGACGCUAAAGUGCAGCGUCUCAGACAGAGAGGGGAUUCAGGUCUUCCAGCACAGACAGAAUAAGGAAAAUAAAUUGUCUUCUGAACAUCAAAGCAUGUAAACAUAUUCUAGUAGAAACCCAAAAUACAAGUAUGAAUCUAAAAAUGAGCAUAAUAGGUCCCCUUUAAGGAAAAAAGGUUUAAAGUUCUCAGGCAGGAUGGCAAACUGUACAAUAUAUAGAGAGGUCGUAAUACUUGCGGGUUUUUUUACCCCCAAAAUCCUUACCUAAAAAAUGCAGAUACUGCAUAAGAUAAUCUGCAUGGAACUGCAGUAUCUAAUAAUAAAAUGUGUUAUCUCUGCACUGUCUUAUCCAUUUUACCUAUUUUGUUAGAGAAAAUUAACUUUAAGUUUGAUUAUUAUUUGCAGUCCAUUGCUCAUACAAUAUAGUAAAUGUGAUGAUGAGUCCCAGUGCAUUGAGUUUACCAAGCUAGAGUGGAGUGCAGCAGCCAGGGACGCAAUACUAAGCCAGAAUGCAGUAACUAGAGAGCCAAAGUGCUUGUUUGGCUUCCGUUUUAUCUGUUACACCAUUACUGCACAUUUAAAAAGCUGUUUUCACUGAAAUUACACAUUUCUAUGGCAUAAUAUAUUUUAUAUAGUAAAAGAGUUGCCAGAGAGUCCCACACUGAUUCUAACUCAGUUUUGACCAAAUAUGUAGUUACUGCAUUUUGCCUUACAGGGAUUUAUCAUACUAGAAAUUGUUCAAAGGCCCAAAAUGAUGGUGUUCCAAAGCACUGUGAAGCCCUGAAAACGUGUCUGCACCUCUAAUUGUAAAGCAGUUUCAGUAUUCAAAAAGUAAUUGCAAUAUUUUGUUUAUUGUGAAUUUGUGCUGCCACUCAAUAUAAAAAAAAAUAAAAAAUACAGCUGUAAGUAUUUGCUUUCACCAGUCAUCUUAAGUUUAUGUGUUUACUGUGUAGCUGCAGAGGAUCUUUGGUAUGCUCUCACUACUUGAUACCAACAGUCCCUUUAAUGGAAGGUUCACAAAGCCUUACUGUUCAUUAUGAUGUUGACAGAACCAUAAAACCUCAUCAUUACAGCAGUGUAUGCACAUGCAUGCACAUUAGUGUGCUGAGACAGAAAGCAAAGCCAAUUUUCACCCUGCGUCAUUCACACGAAUUUGACAGGUGAAUUUGGAACUCACCUUUUACCCCAGUUGUUUAUUUUCCAUCCAGCCUCACUCCAUCUUCUUCUCCUCUGUACGUUAUCGAAGCAAAUUCAUAAAGCCCUGAGAUGCACUCAGAUUAAAAUUUUACUUGCAUUCUGUCUGAACACACAGUUAAAACUUCAACUAAAGUCAUGUUUAAGGAUUUUCUCUUCCCUUGUAUGCAAUAUUUUAGUUUACACAAACACAAAGAUUACAGUUAAUAUGGAAAAAAAAAACUUUAACUGCAGAAAAACACAGUAUUUGGAGAUUACAGUCUGGAGUACACCGGCUAUCUCUCUGUCCUGGCUAUCGUUUUUUAAUGUGAAUGAGCUCAAUCUCAAAAUACAGAAAUUCAUUAACGCACUUAUGAAGUCACAUGUAACAAUUUUGCUGUUUGCUGUUACUAGUAAUACCUAUUUUAGAGACAAACCUCGUAAACACUGAAAUCUGAGGCAUUUCUGAAAAACAGCCUGUCUUGUCAGUAACUGAUCUUUGAUGUGAGGUAUUUCAGUGGUAAUAGUGCUUUGCUAAAAGCUUUUAUUGUGACACUGUUACACAGUACUUUCUACACUAGGAGGUGAUGAAAUAUAGAUAGUGUACUAUUUUCUUUCACUCAAGCUUACUGAGAUCUGUGUAUUAACUGUGAUACUGUGAGAAUUAGACCACAGCUAAGGUUGUGUCGUACCAGCACAUAAGUGUGUCUUAAUCAGUAGGGCUGGAUGAUGUAUCAUAAAGUCUUUAUCAUUUUAAGUUGUCACUGUUAUAAUUAUUUAUUGUGUUGUCUCAUUUCUGAUGUCUUUAGCAAUUAAUUACAGUAUUUCAAGUAAAUAUAUGGAGGUCGAAAAGUUUAAUUUUUGACAGUCACUUUAAUUUAGUUGUUAAUAAUAAUCAUUUGAAGGAAUAGUUCAGUGUUUUGGGAGAUAUGUUAAUUCACUUUUUUGCCGAAACUUAAAUUUGAAGGUCGGUAUCAAGCUUCUUUGAAGUGCAGUGAUUUCUCAAAAUGCUGAACUAUUUACAUAAAAAAUUGGUUUAACAUCCAGCCCUAUUAAUAAUUACGUCAAAGAGUGAUGGCAAAUUACAUGAUUGUAAACUUGCACCUUUCUUGUAAUAGUAGUCUAAAAUUGCCUUGAAAACAAAAUUCAUGUCAGCUGUGUCUUGUGUAAAAUCUCAUCUAACAACCAUGUCAUUGUCAAAAAAGUAGUAGCUUUAUUUCAGUGUUGCAACAGUCUUUUCUCUUUUGUUGUCUGUUGGCAAAACUUUGUACUGUACUUCAAUGUUGACACUGCCACGUUAGGACUUUAGGGGAUUUUAAAAUGCCUUUGUUUUCUAAUCCUGCUGUGUUCACUGUCACCUGAGCUUGCACACCUUCAAUGUGUUACGUCUUAUGUGUGCGCAAAGAUGAAGUGUGGAAUCAGAAAUGUGACAAAUGUUUGGUGAGUGUUUAUGUGAUUUUGUGGCUUUGAACAGUUAUAUUUUAAUAAAAACUAACAGUGUAAUGAAA